UCGUCUAUUUUGGGUAGCCUUUGUUGCUAAUCGCGGGCGCAUAACAAAGAUGGCGGCCAAAUUGCUCUGAACCUACGGUAAUUUCGCGAAAGUUGUCAAGUUGUUGGCUUUUCCAUUCACAUCAAGAUUUCUUCAGUUUAUGUAAAUACGACACCAACUUCUCGAAACGUAAUUUGUGGUGCCUUUCUAGAGUUAUGAAUUUGUCGAACUUCAACGUUAGACUUUGGAACCAUGCAAGAAAUACGCGACGUACACAGUGCUUAAGAAACUACCUGGCGAAAAGCCGAUCAUUAUCAUCAAGGGUACUGUUUCCUACUCUUGAUGGGAGAUUUGACAGAAAUAGUGAGCUGUUUCAAGAAUGCAAAAGGAGAGGCGAAGAAGUAGAGAUCUCUUACAAAAACUUGAUAUCAGUAGCUAAACAAGGUGGUGGAGAAAGUGCUCGUCAAAGACACACGAUCAGAAACAAGAAACUUCUUGUUAGAGAGCGCAUAAGUCGGCUCCUGGACAAAGGAUCUGACUUCUUGGAAUUCUCCCCCCUUGCUGGUCUUGAUCUGGAAUAUGGUACCAUUGCCUCUGCUGGGGUGGUGUCUGGCAUUGGAAGGGUAUCUGGAAAUCUUUGUGUUAUACUUGCGAAUGAUGCCACAGUGAAGGCGGGUACUUUGUAUCCUAUUGGGGUCAAAAAGCAGCUUAGAGCACAAGAGAUUGCUGAGCAAAACAGAUUGCCACUUAUUUUUCUGGUUGACUCUGGUGGUGCAUUUCUGCCCCUACAGGCUGAAAUUUUUCCGGAAACAGGAGGGAGAACAUUUUAUAAUGAGGCAGUCAUGUCUUCCUGUGGAGUCCCAGUGGUCUGUGUGGUGUGUGGUUCAUGUACUGCCGGGGCUGCCUAUGUUCCAACAAUGGCAGAAGAAACUGUCAUCAUAGACAAGAUAGGAACCAUAUUUCUGGGUGGUCCACCAUUAGUCAAGGCAGCCACAGGAGAGAUUGUAUCAGCAGAAGACUUAGGUGGUGGACUCCUUCACUCAAGUGUUAGUGGAUGUACAGAUCACUUUGCUACUGAUGAAAAGAGUUCCUUAGAGAUGACUCGUCAAAUAGUGGCAAGUCUAAACAGGAAGGAAUUACCUGCCCCUUCACCAUCAUACAUAGAGCCCCCUCUCUACCAAAGUGAUGACUUAGUGGCCCUUUCUCAAUUUGAUAAAGAAAUCCUACCAAUUUACCAGAUCAUAUCACGUAUUGUAGAUGGGAGUCGUUUUCAGGAAUUCAAAGCAAAAUAUGGACCAGAGCUUGUUUGUGGUUUUGCACAUAUUUAUGGAAAUGUAGUUGGUGUGGUUGCAAAUAAUGGGUCUGUUACUUCACAAUCAGCUCUAAAGGGCGCACACUUUAUAGGGCUGUGCUGCCAGCGUGAUGUGCCUCUUGUGUUCUUGCAAAACACCACAAGUCCACAGAGACCCUUGACAGCAGAUGCUGCGGGACAGCUUAUUAAGGACAUGGCCAAAAUGAUCCACUCUGUUGCUUGUGCCCAGGUUCCUAAGUUUACAAUUAUCAUGGGAGGAAGCUAUGGACCAGAAUCUUUUGCCAUGUGUGGACGCUCUUUUGACCCAAGAUUUAUCUACACCUGGCCAUCUGCGCGUGUUGCAAUGGAUUCACCUGAAAACCUCACCAAAAUAGCCUUGAUACAGGGUGAAAACCAGAGUGAUAAUCAAGAUGAAAAGGAAGCCAAACUUCUAAAGAAAUAUGAUGCUGAGUCAGGGGCGUAUUAUGGCACCGCACGCUUAUGGGACGACGGAGUGAUUCUACCCCAAGAUACAAGGAAGGUUCUCGGCCUCAGUCUCCGCGCUGCCUUGGCGUCUGCGACCCAGCGGUUUGAACCCCCCAAAUACGGCGUGUUCAGAAUGUGAUAUCUAACUGAUCGUCAUCUAUCAGGUGUACAUUAUAUGUAUAAUUGUAUGAUGAUACCCAAGCUUGUAGUGCCAUCUUCUGAGACAGCAUUGCUAAGGGCUUUUUAGGAUAUGGACUAGGAAGAGAAAGAUAAGGGAUCGUAUGAACUGCAGAGCAGAAGUGCGCUCUAGUCCUCGAGAACGAACACGAACUAUGAAUGAUUAUACACAAACGAGUAUUAGCCUGAAGAAUGAGUAAUCUACGAAUACAUACGAGUAGACUUCAUAGGAGUAACUCACGAGUACAUUCGAUAAACCCACGACUACAUGCGAUUAAUCUAAGAUUACAUAAUACUACAAUGCGAUUAACCCACGACUACAUGCGAUUUACAGACCACUCGCCCGCAUACGAGUGACUUCUUAGUAUUACGAGUUAUUGAUGACUAUUUAUGACCACAUGCAAGAAACCUACAAACUUGCAAACGAGAAUCGAAACCAUUUGAUUCAAAUUGCGUGACAUGAAAAACCUACCGACUCUAUGUAUGAUUAAAUACGAUUUGCCCACGUACCAGUAGCUUACCACCGCAUGUGUGACUGUGUAUAUGAGUUACCUACGAUAGCGUACUAGUAGCUUGCAAGUGCAUGACUUGUGUAACUGUGUGCAUUAUGUCCCUAAGUCCAGGAACACGUUAUUGUUUGCCAGCAUAGAGGGUAAUUUGGGCUUCAAAAGUGGAUAUAAAGCAGCCUUUUCAAAUUCCAAAUAUUUGAAUGCCAUUUUUACAUUUAUUGUAUUUAUUUUUACCCCUUUAGGGGGGAUUUUUACGAUCCCGAGGUUGGUCUCUCGAUAAACUCGAACCUCCUGUAUAAAGACUAAAGUUUUUAA